AUGCGUCUUCUACCAACGUUAGCCACCGCGCUCAUAUUCGCAGUCAAUGUGACAGGAAGUCCGGCCGCUGCUUCAGGCCCGGCGCAAUCCGUCACCCCCGCGGCGAACAUUGUGGAUGAGCCCGCACCGACAACUUCGGCUGCUCAAGCAAACAAUGUCAACCAGGUCAACGCGGCUGUUGCCGAUAGUACUGCUGCCGCCGAUACAGCUAAAGUCGCUAACACGGCUUCUGCUGCCCCAACUACGAAGGAAGAAGAUGCUACCACUGAUGUGAAGACUGCCGAGCCGACCAAGGCCAACCCCGUGGAAAGCAUGGUUGGAGACGCAAAGACUGCUCUUGGUAUCGAUACACAAGAAACAACCAGUUCAGCCGCGGCAGCCGGCCCCACUAAGACAGCUGAGAGCUCGGCUGCCGAGCCUAAGUCCUCUGCUGCCGAAACUCCUUCUUCCGCUCCCUCCCCUACAGCCAGCUCAAGCCCGAAGUCUACAAGUUCAAACAGCGAGUCAGACAGCAAUGAUACUGCCAAACCUUCUGAUAUCCUGCCAGAUCUGAAGGAUGCUAUCUCGAGUUUGUUUGGCGGUAAUGGCAGUGGCGGCCUCGCGGAACUUCUGCGUGGUCUUGAGAGUCUGCUUAACCCCCAGUUCUUGGGUAACUUCGCCGACACUUUCGAAUAUCUCUCUACCGGCCUAGCACCCCCGGUCGACAACCAGCUCCGAACCAUAGUGGCCAAUGCCGACACCCUUCUGACCGCAAGCUUCGUCAAGAAGACCGGCGCUCUCAUUGACAAUGCCAAUGAGCUUCUGACCGAGGAGAACACCAAGGAGAUUGGAACUCUGCUCAAAGUUGCCAACAAGUUGUUGUCUGGUCCGUUCAUCGACAAGGUGGACAACCUUAUCGACAAUGCCAACAAUCUCCUCACCUCCAACUUCGUCAAGCAGACCACUAACCUCAUUGAGAAGGCUAGCCCUCUCAUUGACGACGCUAGUGGCCUACUUAACGACAAGAAUGUUCACGCCAUUGAGUCGCUGCUGACGAACGCCAACACGCUGCUUACUGCCACCUUUGUCAAGGAGACCUCCAACCUCAUUGGCAAGGCCAGCCCUCUUAUCGACGAGGCCAGUGGUCUCCUCACCGAAGGCAAUGUCAAGGCGAUCGAGAACCUGCUCGGCAAUGCCAACAAGCUGCUCACUCCCGGCUUUAUCUCAACUACUGGCAAGCUCAUCCAGCAGGCCGGUCCUCUUAUCAACCAGGCUAGCGGUCUCCUCACCGAGGGCAAUGUCAAGGCAAUCGAGUCACUCUUGAACAAUGCCAACAAGCUGCUCACGCCCGGCUUUAUCUCGACUACUGGCAAGCUCAUCAACCAAGCCGGUCCCCUCAUCAACCAGGCUAGCGGUCUUCUUACUGAGGGCAACGUCAAGGAGAUUGAGACUCUCAUUGGUAACGCCAACAACCUGCUGACUACCAGCUUCGUCAACCAGACCACGAGCCUGAUUGAUGAAGCUAGCGAGCUCCUGUCUUCGGAUACCAUUGACAGUCUGAAAUCGCUGCUCCACCAGCUUGCUCCUAUAAUUCCCGAGUUGAAGGGCCUGCUCAAGCCAGACACCAUCAAGGCAAUCGAGAACGUUCUAGGCAACGCCAACAAGCUGCUAACAGAUUCCUUCGUCGAGGACACCAACACCCUAAUCACCGAGGCUGUCGGACUUCUCACUCCCGACCUGGUCAAGGCUCUGAAGGCUCUCCUCAGCGACCUUACCCCUCUAAUCCCCGAGUUGCAGUCGCUGUUGACCAAGGAAAUGAUCGAUUCGAUCGAGACCCUUUUGAACAACGCCGGAGCCCUACUCACAUCGGACUUCGUCAAGGACACCAAGGGUCUAGUCGGCGAGGCCGGCGAUCUCCUCACUCCAGAGGUUGUCAAGGGACUGAAGUCAAUCCUAAAGGAAGUCAUCCCCCUGCUACCAGAGUUGCAGUUGCUCCUGAACAAGAGCACCCUAUCCGCGGUUGCAGAUCUCCUAACCAACGCCAACACCCUUCUGACCCCCAAGUUCGUCAACGAGACCAUCGGUCUAAUCGACAGCGCCGACGACCUCCUAACCCCAACCAUCGUCACGGGACUGAAGGAGCUCCUCGGCGACGUCGGCCCACUGAUCCCGGAUCUCAGACGCUCCCUGCUGAACACAACCAUCAUCACCGACCUGGGAUACAUCGUGACCAACGCUACCACAUUGCUCACGCCCCACUUCGUCGGCGAGACUACAGAUCUCAUCGACAACGCCGAUGGCCUCCUGACACCCGACGUCGUCACCGUGCUCAAGGAUAUUCUUGGAUACGUGCCCGACUUGUUACCCGAGGUGAAGAAGUUGCUCAAGCCUUCUACCAUUUCGGAUGUUGGCGCGCUCUUGGCCAACGCUCAUGAUCUCCUCACUCCCAAGUUCGUUAAUGAGACAACUGUCCUGAUUGAUGAUGUUACGAGGUUCUUGCCUCUGAUUCAGGAAUUGCUCAAGGCGCUGUGA